UUUGUCAGGGGGCUAAAAAAGAAAAACAAUGCCCAGAUAUCAGACCGACAUUGAAAAGAUGUUGGAUCAACGUUCCACUGUUGAUCUUACAUCGUUGAAUUGACGUCACUUUUGCUCCCUCAAUUAAUGUUGUUUCAACAUUGAAAUCCUUACAAAACCUAAACGUCAUUUCGAUUAUUAAUAACAUUGGAACAACGCUGAAUCAAUGUUAUGUUUUCGACCAAAACGCCCACUCAUCUAUAAUUCAAUAACUUUUCAAUUGAAUUUCCCGGUCAAUCAUGAAUCAACUACAGUGAGUUCAUCAACUAUAAAACAAUGUUAACCCAACCAUCGCCUGACGUACCAUAAACGCUGUUUUAACUUCACUUGACGUCAAAAAUUUCGAUGUCAACCAAACUGAUGAUUUUGAUGGGAAAAAAAAUUAAAAAAUCAACGUUUAUUCAAUGUCGCUCUGCUAUCUGGGAACCGCAAACAUUUACCUACGUUGUGCUUUGGUUUUGAAGACCACCAUAUUUUUUGACUUAUUCAAACGCAAAUACUCCCAACUGGUGAAACAAAUCCCAGACAUGUCAUUCAGGGCUAAUAAUACAUACGUUUUUUGAUAUUUCGUAUAAAAAGAUGUAAUCCAUGUUGACUUCAACGACGACGCUAUGUAGCCACAUCAGAAUGUUAGCACCGGCUAGCAAGGAAAAUCGGUAAACGAUGUGAAGCAAAAAUCAGCCGGCAAAUACAAAGCACGCACAAUUACGUACUAUAAAAAUGCAUAUAUCGUAAACAAAUGAAUGAAUAACAAAGACUCACUUCAUGAUACACAACAAUUGCUGAGGUUCUCUGGCAACGAAAAUGAGUACAACAACCGGGUUAAAGUGCGCGGUGGCUGUGCUGCCUCCUGCUGCUUCGGGGUCUUACUACGCUUCACAGUUGUUGUUGUUGUUGUAGUUCUUUUUCCCCCCCCUUCGGAUUUAGAUCAUUCAGAAUUAGCAUUCAUUCCAAAAAAUAAAUUCCGCUACAUUGACGGAGGAGCAGGAUGAUCUCACAGGUCUUCAUUUUAUCCUCCAAAGGCGACCGCCUGGUCUACAAAGACUUCCGAGGAGACGUCGGAAGUGACGCGGUUGGACUUUUUUACGACAAAGUGACGGCGCCGACGGGAGACCGGCUUCCCGUCGUCACGACGUACAAGGAUGUCCACUUUGUGCACGUGUGGCAAGGAGGACUGUACUUGGUCGCCACCACCACCACGGCGGACUCCCCACCUUUCGCCAUCAUUGAAUUCCUCAACAGGUUGGCGGCCCUCAUCAACGAUUACUGCGGCUCUCUGUCGGAGAAGACGGUUCAGAUGAACUUUGCGCUCAUCUACGAGCUUCUGGACGAGAUGUUGGAUUUCGGCUACGUGCAGUCCACGUCCUGCGACGUCUUGAAGAACUUCAUCCAGACGGAGGCGCUGUCGUCGCGUCCCUUCAGCCUCUUCGACCUCGCCAACGUGGGGCUGUUCGGAGCCGACACGCAGCAGAGCAAAGUGGCACCUGGUUCCGCGGCCGCCAGGCCCAUGCAGGGAGGGAAAAGCGAGAUCUUUGUGGACGUCGUGGAGAGGAUGUCGGUGGUCAUGGGCGCCAACGGUGUCCUGAUGAAGGCGGAGGUGGAGGGCGAGGUCAAGGUCAAGUGCUUCCUGCCCAGCUGUUCGGAGAUCCGCGUGGGACUCAACGAGGACUUGAGCAUCGGCACCUCGCCGCUCAGAGGUCGGACGACUCGCUGCAGUCUUUCCAAAAUAAAAGUGGCUAAAAAGUUUCCUCCGUUCCUAGGUUACGGGGCGGCGGUCCGCGUAGACGAGUGCCACUUUCACCCGGCGGUCCGGCUGGACGACUUCGACGCUCACCGCGUCCUGCGAUUCGGUCCCGGCCAGGGCGAGCAAAGCGUCAUGACGUACCGGCUGGCCGACCACCUGCCCCUGGCCCCGCCCUUCCGACUGUUUCCCGCCAUCGAGAAGGACAACGCGGGAAGGCUGCUCAUGUUCUUCAAGCUCCGCUGUGACCUGCCGCCCAAAAGCGCGGCGGUCGACGUCAGCGCCACCGUCCGUGUCCCCAAAGGUUGCGUCAGUUUGUCGCAAGAGCUCAGCAGUCCCGAUCAGAGCGCAGAGCUGCGGCCGCAACAUCGCGCUGUGGUCUGGAACAUCGCGCGCUUCCCCGGCGGAACGCAACUCUCCGCCCUCUUCAAGCUGGACGUUCCCGCGCUAAGCUCGGCUUCCAUGAUGGAGGUGGGUCCGGUGGAUUUGACCUUCGAGCUGCCCAAGGUCACGGCCAGCGGCCUCCGCGUACGCUUUCUGCGCCUGGCGCCCGCGCAGCACCGCGGCCCCGCCCAACGCUGGGUGCGUUACGUCACGCGCUCGGACUCGUACGCCAUCCGCAUCUGAGGCGGACGGAACCAUUUGGAUUUCGCCAUACGUGACGUCCGUUUGGUGAUGAAAUGGAAAUGAUUUAUUUCAUUCAUUGUACGCGUGUGUUAUGUUUGAAUUGUAUGUUUUCAAAAGCUAAUAAAGUGAAAAAUAGCUCAAGAUAAAUACAUCAUUUUGGGUGGUUUUCGAUUUCUACUCGAUUGGGAAAUGUGAUCUUUCGCUCAGUUCCCCUCCAUUUUGUAUUUAAAAUGUGAAAUGAAAAAAAAGCAAUGUUUUUAACUUUAAAAAUACUCUCCCCCGCCCAGCCCCGUCCCCCUGGUGGCCGAAAAGUGUCAUUGCAUGUAAUUGACUUUCUUGUGUAUGAUUUUAAAAUGAAGAGUUUUCCAGUAAAAUAUUGUCUUUAAAAGUUGUGAAGCAAUAAAACACCAAAAAUGAAUGAAAUGAACAAAAAAAAAAGAUAUUUGAAUGAAUGAAAUGUUUAUUGUCAUCAUCAUCGGUAUCAUUGACAGUUAGGGAAUGUGAUAUGAUUUGCCCGAAGAAAGAAAAAAAACAAAGACAAAGGCAGACAGGAGAAGCAUAUGCUUAUCAAUACCAUCCCCCUACAGCCAGGGACGCACAGUCUAACAUGGUAGGGUUGCUUACAUCACAUUCCAUGAGCUUUUCUUUUUCGUCUUUUUCACUUAUAUUAUCUUCCCAAAAGUUAUUGAUUGCCGUGGUCGAUUUGUGUAGGUUCAUUGAGUAGGGUGCCGUUGGUUAGGUGUAGGUUCCAUUGUUGAGAAAAUUCUGUCCAGUGCUCAGCGUCCAGUCAAGCAGCUCCAUUUCGAACGAUGGUUAAAAUCCCACAGCAGGCACUUACACUAGCAGAUUAGUGAUCUGAGUUUGCUACAGAGCAUAUCUUCAAGGCGUACAAUGUUAUGACUUUGUCCCUGACAUUUCUUUAAUAGGUCCAAAUUAUUUUUCGAACAGAUGAUGCGACUAGCUCCUUAGACAGUCAUUUGCUUUGCUUAGCCAAAACCACCCCAAGGACUGAAGAGGCAUUUUUUUCAAACCUAAGCUUUUAAAAGCAACAGCAACGACUGCGCAAGAACCUAGGAUUUGAAAUG